AUGACGCUCCGCGACACGUACACCAGGUUCCUGGCGACGCCUUCCUCGGGCGCGCUGGCAGACAAUGCCUCUCUUCACUAUGUCACAACUACGACCAGCAUCAACGACGCGACCGCCAUCAUCAAGCACUUGUCUGUUCAGGAGAAGCUGCUGAAAAAGACCAAAGAGAAGGUGCUGAAUGUGAUUGAGAGCAGCAAUGGCCUGAGUGUCGAUAUGGAGACGACGAUUGAGUUCACCAACGGCGGCGGCGCAUACCUGCCAGGCCUUGACGACAACUUUGUCACAGACCGCACAGUGACGUUCCCAAUGGUCCACAUGGUCCACUUUGACAGGUCAGGAAAGAUCACACAGAUCCGCCAGUACUGGGACCAGGGCUCUCUCCUGAAGCAAAUCGACGUCAUUGGCGCGCGCUCUCGCAACUGGCCUAUCCGCGACAGCAGCGAGCAGAUUCGCUUGAUUGCAUCGAAUGCGGCAGCUGCACAGCCAGAGUCGAGCGCUUCGUCGCGCCCAUCAACGUCGGCCUCUCGUGGCGUAGAUGAGGUCUCCAUUAGCGAUCGUUCAAGGAGAUCAACAAACAAUGCCAUGAACGACCCGCAUGCAUCGCUUGCCCUCUUUGCGCCCCGCGAGGUGGACGAAGAAGAGUCUCACAGCUCUGGUCCGUCAGCACCGCGCGCGCAGUCUGCGAAGCCUCCUCCACGCGAGUACUCCGAGCUGUUCGCUGGCGCGGACGCUGGAUCUCCUUCACCGUCACCCCAGAGGAUCCCAGCCAAGGCUGGCAGCGGAAAGCACUACAAGGCGAACCGAUUGUUCGAGGAGGGCGAGGAAGAGCACCCAGUCGCACCUAUGAGCAUCAAGACCAGCUCCAAGAAGUACGACCACUUCACUUUCGGAGAAGGCGAGGAGACGCCAAAGGUACGAGACACUUCACGACCGUCCAAGCACGACCAGAACCGCAACAGGAACGAUGCGCAUUGGGACUUCGACGACUUCGCCACCCCGGACAAGUCGAAGCCCAAGACGCUACCCAGCGCGGUUCGACACUUUGGCUGGAGCGACGACGAGGUUGGUGCUUUCUAUCAGCCAGAGACACAGGUUGCAUCCAAGUCUCUGAUAUACUUCUGA